CCGGGGGGGCGGGGCUGCUUGCCUGGGGCUCCCGGGGACACUCAGCCCCUCCGUGGUUGGUGGGGACAGACCCGGGCACGGGACAUAAGGGAGGGGCCCGGGGCGGAAGAGCGAGGCUGCGUGUGCCCGUCACACCUGGGGUCUCUGUGCACUGUCAGACCCCAGCGAGCUGGUGUUUGCCCCUCCACCCAGAGGAGGAGACUACUGUCACUGUGUCACUCCACCCCUAACUGCCCCCUCUGUUAUCGGGCUGUUAAUAUUAAUUAACAACAGUUGCUAAGGAUGACUUGUAAGGGUGUGUCCCAGCCAGAGCUGGCCUGGACCCAAGAGGGCACUGGGGAGACUGGGGGGUCUGAGGCUGGGGCUUGGGGGUACGAAGAGAGGUUCGGGGGGGCGGUGCCCAGGCCCAGCCACGUCUCCUACGUGUCCCUGGGCUUGGGACCUCCUGCAGCAGAGGCCGCUUGGGGAGCUCACGGGAGGUCUCUGGCUCGCUCAGCCCUCUGGCCUUGGUCACUUUGGGAAGUGGGUGAAGGGGACACCCCGGGAGGCUCAUCUGAGAGGGUGGAGCCAAAGGUGGGCGGGACAAGUGAGGUGGAUCAUUAACCAGCUGGGAGCCCUGGGAGGUGCAGGGCUCAGCCCCAUUGGUCCCCAACUCAAUCGGGUGACACUGUCCCGGGUAGGGAAGCUGCCUCGUACGCCGUCCCCAGUUUUAGUAUAUGUAAGGCCGCAGUGAGCUCUGUGUGUUGCCAGGAGCCAGCCCUUGCCUGUCCCCAAGUCCUGGCCUCACUUACCCUCUGACCCCUUCCCAGUGCCAGGAUGGUGGAGGUCGGCCUGAAGGGCUGGCUGCUCUGGGCCCUGCUCCUGAAGUUGGCCCAGAGCGAGCUGUACACGCCCAUACACCAGCCCGGAUACUGCGCCUUCUACGACGAGUGCGGGAAGAACCCAGAGCUGUCCGGAAGCCUGGCUUCACUGACCAACGUGUCCUGCCUGGACAACACGCCUGCCCGCCACGUCACGGGUGACCACCUGACCCUCCUACAGAGCAUCUGUCCCCGCCUCUACACCGGCCCCAACACCACCUAUGCCUGCUGCUCCCCCAAACAGCUGGUGGCCCUGGACAUGAGCCUGGGGGUCACCAAGGCCCUCCUCACCCGCUGCCCUGCCUGCUCUGACAACUUCGUGAACCUGCAUUGUCACAACACCUGCAGCUCCAACCAGAGCCUCUUCAUCAACGUGACCCGAGUGGCCGGGCAGGGGGGCCGCCAGCCCCGGGCGGUGGUGGCCUAUGAGGCCUACUACCAGCGCAGCUUCGCCGAGCGGACCUACGACUCCUGCAGCCGGGUGCGUAUCCCUGCCGCCGCCACGCUGGCGGUGGGCUCCAUGUGCGGCGUCUACGGCUCUGCCCUCUGCAACGCCCAGCGCUGGCUCAAUUUCCAGGGGGACACGGGGAACGGCCUGGCACCCCUGGACAUCACCUUUCACCUGUGGGAGCCUAGCCAGGCCGAGGGGAGCGUGAUGCAACCUCUGAACGAUGAGGUCGUGCCCUGCAACCGGUCCCAGGGCUACGGCGCGUCGGCCUGCUCCUGCCAGGACUGCACUGCUUCCUGCCCCGUCAUUGCCCGGCCCCAGGCCCUGGACCCCACCUUCCACCUGGGCCGGAUGGUAGGGAGCCUGGCCCUCGUCCUCAUCCUCUGCUCUCUCUUCGCCUUGCUCACCGCCUUCCUCCUGUGGCCCCGCCUAGCCAAGUGGUGCCAGCGCAAGACGCCCAACCCCAAGGCGAGCGUCGGCCUCGCCCACCGGCUCAGCCUCUCCACCCACACCGUCCUCAGCCGGUGCUUCCAGCACUGGGGCACGUGGGUGGCCUCGUGGCCGGUGACCAUCCUGGUGGUGUCCACUGUUGUGGUGGUGCCCAUGGCAGGGGGCCUGGCUUUUAUAGAACUGACCACAGACCCCGUGGAGCUGUGGUCAGCCCCCAGCAGCCGAGCCCGAAGUGAGAAGGCGUUCCACGACAAGUAUUUCGGCCCUUUCUUCCGAACCAGCCAGGUGUUCUUGACGGCACCUAGCCGGCCCCGCUACAGGUAUGACUCCCUGCUGCUGGGGCGCAAGAACUUCAGUGGGAUCCUGUCCUCUGACCUGCUGCUGGAGGUGCUGGAGCUGCAGGAGAGGUUGCGGCACCUGCAGGUGUGGUCGCCAGAGGAGCAGCGUAACGUCUCCCUGCGGGACACCUGCUACGCCCCCCUCAACCCGCACAACGCCAGUCUCUCCGACUGCUGCGUCAACAGCCUCCUGCAGUAUUUCCAGAACAACCGCACGCGCUUGCUGCUCACGGCCAACCAGACGCUGUCGGGGGAGACCUCCCAGGUGGACUGGAAGGACCACUUUCUCUACUGCGCCAACGCCCCCCUCACCUACAAAGACGGCACGGCCCUGGCUCUGAGCUGCAUGGCUGACUACGGGGCGCCCAUCUUCCCUUUCCUCGCCGUGGGGGGCUACCAAGGGAAGGACUAUUCUGAGGCGGAGGCCCUGAUCAUGACCUUCUCCCUCAACAAUUACCCUCCUGGGGACCCCCGGCUGGCCCAGGCUAAGCUCUGGGAGGGGGCCUUCUUGGAGGAGAUGCGAGCCUUCCAGCGUCGGAUGGCUGGUGUGUUCCAGGUCACAUUCAUGGCGGAGCGCUCCCUGGAGGAUGAGAUCAACAGCACAACAGCCGAGGACCUGCCCAUCUUCGCUGUCAGCUACCUCAUCAUCUUCUUGUACAUCUCCCUGGCCCUGGGCAGCUACUCCAGCUGGCGCCGAGUACUGGUGGACUCCAAGGCCACGCUGGGCCUGGGCGGGGUGGCUGUGGUGCUGGGAGCAGUCGUGGCUUCCAUGGGCUUCUUCUCCUACCUGGGUGUCCCCUCUUCACUGGUGAUCCUUCAAGUGGUGCCGUUCCUGGUGCUCGCCGUGGGGGCCGACAACAUCUUCAUCUUCGUCCUCGAGUACCAGAGACUGCCACGGAGGCCUGGGGAGGGACGGGAGGCACACAUCGGCCGAGCCCUGGGCAGAGUGGCCCCCAGCAUGCUGCUCUGCAGCCUCUCCGAGGCCAUCUGCUUCUUCCUAGGAGCUCUGACCCCCAUGCCAGCUGUGCGGACCUUUGCCCUGACCUCCGGCUUUGCGGUGCUUCUCGACUUCCUGCUGCAGAUGUCGGCCUUCGUGGCCCUGCUCUCCCUUGACAGCAGGAGGCAGGAGGCCUCCCGGCUGGACGUCUGCUGCUGCAGGAGCGCCCGGGAGCUGCCCCCGCCUAGCCAGGACGAGGGGCUACUGCUCCGAUGCUUCCGCAAGUUCUACGUCCCGUUCCUGCUGCACCGGUUCACCCGUGUGGUCGUGCUGCUGCUCUUCCUGGCCAUGUUUGGAGCAAGUCUCUAUUUCAUGUGCUACGUCAAAGUGGGGCUGGACCAGGAGCUGGCCCUGCCCAAGGACUCGUACCUGCUUGACUAUUUCCUCUUUCUGAACCGCUACUUUGAGGUGGGGGCCCCAGUCUACUUUGUAACCACUGGGGGCUACAACUUCUCCAGUGAGGCAGGUUUGAACGCCAUCUGCUCCAGUGCAGGCUGCGACAACUUCUCCUUAACCCAGAAGAUCCAGUAUGCCACUGAGUUCCCUGAUGAGUGAGUGCCCCAGCCCACCCGUCUGUCUCCCUCCCCUGCCCUGCUGCCCACCUGCUGCCA